UCAACAACACCUACCUCUUCUAUGGCGCAUACCGGGCAGGGCCGGAGAGCAGCUCAGCAUACAGCAUCCGCCUGGCCUACCUCCUUAGCCCACUGGCCUGCCUGCUCCUCUGCUUCUGUGGGACUCUGCGGCGGAUGAUGAAGGGGCUGCCACGGAAGCCAUUCCUGGGCCAAGACUACAGGGUGCCCCUCAGCUCCAAGGUCUUCUCCUCCUGGGACUUCUGCAUCCGCGUGCAGGAAGCGGCCAUUAUCAAGAAGCAUGAGAUCAGCAACGAGUUCAAGGUGGAGCUGGAGGAGGGACGCCGCUUGCAGCUGGCGCAGCAGCAGUCCCGGGCCCAGAAGGCCUGCCACCUGCUCGCCUACCUGCGUGUCAACGUCCUCAUCGGGCUCCUGGUGGUCGGGGCCAUCAGCGCCAUCUUCUGGGCCACCAAGUACUCACAGGACAAUAAGGAGGAGUCCCUGUUUGUACUGCUCCAGUACCUGCCUCCAGGGGUCAUCGCCCUGGUCAACUUCCUGGGAGCCCUGCUGUUUGCAUUCCUGGUCCAGCUAGAGAACUUCCCUCCCAACACUGAGGUCAACCUCACCCUUAUCUGGUGUGUGGUGCUGAAGCUGACCAGCCUGGGGAUGUACUCCUUCUCACUGGGUCAGACCGUGCUGUGCAUCGGCAGAAACAAGACCAGCUGUGAGUCCUACGGCUACGACGCAUGUGACUACCAGUGCUGGGAGAACUCGGUGGGGGAGGAGCUGUACAAGCUGAGCCUCUUCAACUUCCUCCUGACGGUGGCCUCCGCCUUCCUCGUCAGCCUGCCUCGGAGGCUGCUGGUGGAGCGGUUCUCAGGACGGUUCUGGUCCUGGUUGGACUGGGAGGAGUUCCUGGUGCCCAAGAACGUGCUGGACAUCGUGGCGGGGCAGACAGUCACCUGGAUGGGCCUCUUCUACUGCCCCCUGCUGCCCCUGCUCAACAGCGUCUUCAUUUUCCUCACCUUCUACAUCAAGAAGUACACCCUCCUGAGUAACUCCAGGGCGUCCCCGCGGCUCUUCCGGGCCUCCAGCUCCACCUUCUUCUUCCAGCUGGUGCUCCUCCUGGGCCUGCUCCUGGCCGCGGUGCCCCUGGGCUAUGUGGUCAGCAGCAUCCACUCCUCCUGGGACUGUGGCCUCUUCACCAACUACUCGGCCCCCUGGCAGGUGGUUUCAGAGCUGGUGGCCCUCCGGCUCCCAUCCACCGGCCAGCGUGCCCUCCACUACCUCGGCUCCCACGCCUUCAGCCUCCCCCUCCUCAUCCUGCUCAGCCUUGUCCUGACCGUGGGCGUCUCGCAGUCCCAGGCCAAUGCGAGGGCCAUCCAUGCGCUCCGGAAGCAGCUGGUGUGGAUCCAGCCAGCUACUGCAGGUCGCUGUUGA